AUGGCAAGCCCAGCCGUUGGCAACUGGGCCUACGCUGUGCCCUUGAACGAGACAAACGGCCACGCCGCACCACCACCACAACAACGAGACUCCGCCUUCGCAGCACUAGGAGCCCAAGACCCAAUAGCCCGCCGUCGCACACCUUCAGCACAUCGUCGUCCGAGCGAUUAUGGUAUACAGUCGGACAGCGAAGCAGUGACCGCCCGCAAGAUGUCCACGCGAGCUAGUUCUGCAUCCGCGGGUCGCAAGAGGUCACGACAUGGGUUGAGAGAGUCCCUACCAGACAAUCCUCCUGGAGAAGGGAACGUAGACGAUUCGGCGUGGAUCCACCGAGAUAAACUUGCGCAGAUCGAGAUCCAGGAGAUGGCGGAAGCAGGUAUCAAUGUUCGGCAGUCAAGGAGAUCAGGAAGUGCAGGUGGUGAAGGCGGGGCGAAAGGGAGGAGUUCGAGGAGCCAGAGUCGUUCGAGAAAGGCCGUUAGUAGGGAGGCGCAGGAGGAGCAAAUGGAGGAGUUGAAUGGACAGUAUGCUUCUUUCGACGACUAUCGGAGGAAAAGGGUAUCUACUAUUCCUGCUGCGGAUGAUCUGGAGCGAGAAGAGGAGGAGUCGCAUGGGUAUGGAACGAGUCCGGUUAUGGAGAAUGAGCUCAGGACGCCAGAAGAAGUGGCUAGUGAGCAGCAACAACAGCCGAUCUUGCAACAGCAGAGGGUCAUCAGACCUAGUACGUCCAGAAUACCCAUCUCGAAGAUUGCUACAGUACCCGUGCCACAGCAGGUAGUAGAACGGGACUCGCCGCUGGGAAGAAACAGGCAGGGCAGUGGUGGAUGGCACGAGAAUUGGGACGAAGGACAGUAUGCGAGACGAGCGAGAGGCGAUAGUGUCGGCAGUCAGGUGCUGCUUGAUGAGUACGAAAAUGGUGCACAGGAGGGAAACUCGCCAACUAAAGCCCGUGCACCGGCCAAGAACACUCCCACAGGACGAAAAGCCUCACAAAACCAGGUAAACAGCCGUCCAACGUCCUCGCACCUCACGAACGGCAAUACAAAGAACCGCACGCCAUCUACACCAGCCACCAACACGACACCCUCAGGCCGACCAGUAUCAAGAUCAGGACCCGGCCAUAAAUCUCGACCCAGCACUGGCCACGCCCACGCUCCCGAAGGUGAAGCUCCCUGGAUUGCCUCGAUGUACAAACCCGACCCGCGCCUUCCGCCAGAUCAACAAAUGCUACCCACGCAUGCCAAGCGUCUACAGCAGGAACAGUGGGAACGGGAGGGAAAAAUGGGUAGUGCGUAUGACCGGGACUUCAGGGUUGUUGGGGAGAAGGAGUUACCUGAGCCGGUUCAGCAACCGUUGCAUGAGCGACUGCAGCAGCGGCAGGGUGGCGAUGGGCUGGGAAUUGUCGGUGGAGGUGGUGGAAGAGCUGUUGGCCUCAGUCCGGUGAUACCUGGGUCGGCACAGUACUUCGAUCAGCCUUCGCCUGUUUCCGCCUACAGCAACGGCAACAAUGCCAAUUCGCCUGAUCGUCCAUGGCCUCUCAGCCCAACGAAGAGCGAUGAUGCGCGCUCUGUCACCGGUUCUCUCAGACCGGGAACCAGUGGAGGGUAUAAGAUCACACCUACCAUCACUGAUCCGUCGGCCAAUAUGCAGCGCGCGAGUGCCGCUACGACAGUCGGAGGGGCUGGAAGUGCCCAAGGUGGGAACGCCAGGGCUGGUGCACAGCCGCACAAUGCCACGCCGAGGAUACCGGACUACGGGAACGAGAAGGAAGUUGUCGGACCGACCGAUAAGGAAGGCAAAGAGAAGAAGAGUAGAAGCUGUGGGUGCUGUGUCGUGAUGUAA